UCAGGAAUGGUGGUGACCCUGGCAUCUCCCACAGUCUGCCUGCUUUUGCUGCUGCCCCUGCUGGGAGGAGCCCAGGACACUUUUGAGUGUCCUGGGUCUCAAGGGGAAGAUUAUCACUCUCUGCACAUCAACCUCACUGUGAAGACUCAGGCUCCUCUGGGACUCCCAUGGGGGGAAGCCCGGGGCUCAGUGGAUGGAAAGCCUUUCCUUCAGUACGACUGUGACAGCAACAAGGGCACACCUCUGGGUCCCCUGGGGGAGAAGGUAAAGGCCAGUGGGACAUGGACACAAGUGACCCAGACACUGAGGAACAUGGGCAGAGACCUCAGGAUGACCCUGUCUCACAUCACACUGGACCAAAGCAUGACCAAGGGUGAGUGUUGGGAGUGUGGGGGAGCUGGGACAGUCCCCGCAUCCUGCAGGCCACGCUGUCUUGUCAGUGUGAAGCACAGAGAGGCACUGGUGCAUCCUGGGAGUUCAGCCUCAAUGGACAGACGACCCUCCUCGCCACCAACAAAGUCCCCAGAGACCAAACAGUCCAACCGUGAUAUUUCAGGGAUCCUCAUUCCUCUCCUGUCUGUCGCCUUCAUCCUCAUCAUCAUCACCAUCGCCAUCAUCAGGAAACGUAGAGCACGUGCCUCGAGAGACUAUGCGAAUUGGGGCGCGGAAGGCAAAGGGAAGGUGGUGGAUCUGCUGGCGCAGGACGCCGACAUCGUGUGCCGCUGCCAGGGAGGAAAUAAUGCUGGCCAUACAGUUGUAGGUUCUAUAGAAUAUGAUUUUCACCUUUUACCCAGUGGAAUAAUUAAUCCAAAUGUUACUGCAUUCAUUGGAAAUGGUGUGGUGAUUCAUUUACCUGGGUUGUUUGAAGAAGCAGACAAAAAUGUUCAAAAGGGAAAAGGUCUAGAAGGCUGGAAAAGGCUUAUCAUAUCCGAUAGAGCGCAUAUUGUAUUUGAUUUUCAUCAAGCAGCUGAUGGCAUCCAGGAGCAACAGAGACAAGAACAAGCAGGAAAAAAUUUGGGUACCACAAAAAAGGGGAUUGGCCCAGUUUAUUCUUCGAAAGCUGCUUGGAGUGGACUCUGGAUGUGUGAUCCUGUUUCUGAUUUUGAUGGCUUCUCUGAAAGGUUCAAAGUUCUGGCUAAUCAGUACAAGUCGUUAUACCCCACUUUGGAAAUAGAUACUGAAGGUGAAUUAUAAAAACUCAAGGGUUACAUGGAAAGGAUAAAACCAAUGGUGAGAGAUGGAGUUUAUUUCCUAUAUGAGGCCCUACAUGGACCACCAAAGAAAAUCUUGGUAGAAGGUGCAAAUGCAGCACUGCAUAUUGAUUUUGGAACAUAUCCUUUCGUAACCUCCUCAAACUGCGCGGUUGCGGGUGUUUGUACUGGGCUGGGUAUGCCUCCCCAGAAUGUUGGAGAAGUAUAUGGAGUUGUGAAAGCUUAUACUACUAGAGUUGGUAUUGGUGCCUUUCCUACAGAGCAAGAUAAUGAAAUUGGAGAAUUGUUACAAACAAGACGUAAAGAGUAUGGUGUAACUACUGGGAGGAAAAGAAGAUGUGGCUGGCUCGAUCUCGUUUUACUCAGAUACGCUCACGUGAUAAAUGGGUUUACUGCGUUGGCACUUAGCAAGUUGGAUAUCUUGGACAUGUUUACGGAAAUCAAAGUUGGAGUGGCUUACAAGUUAGAUGACAAAAUCAUACCUCACUUCCCAGCAAACCAAGAAGUCUCAAAUAAAGUUGAAGUUCAGUGUAAGACUCUCCCAGGAUGGAACACAGAUAUAUCAAAUGCCAAGACAUUUAAAGAACUACCUGUUAAUGCUCAAAAUUAUGUUCAGUUUAUUGAAGAUGAGCUAAAAAUUCCAGUUAAAUGGAUCGGUGUGGGCAAGUCCAGGGAGUCUAUGAUCCAACUCUUCUAAGGAUUUCCUUGAUACAGGCAAGAAAACACUCCUUGAGAUG